AAAAUAGAAGAUAUAUAAUCCAAACCAUACCUGACUAUUCUUGCUUAACUUGUUACCCUGUACUUGGAAACAUUCCAGAUAGAUUCCUUAGUUUUUGGGAUUGGUUUGCCUUAGAGUUCCCUGCUAUUUGUUUUACCUCAAACUCUAUUGUAGUUUUUAGGAGAAUUCUGCAACAAACAGUUGUUUCAGAAGAUUAUCUAGAAGCAUUAACUAUAACCUUUCGUUAUAGUUCUGAAGUUAAUUUUUAUACUCUUAUUACCCGUAUUAGACAAGCACUUAUCUUAACAGAUAGAUUCACUCUUGACCCUCUAACAACCCUAUAUCAACAUAGUGAAACUACUUCCUUACAUUCUAAUCAGUCAGAAGAAAGCCUUCCUGAUUUCGAUUAUAAUUUAGAUUUAUUAUUUCAAACUCCGCCUUCUAGACCUAAAUUAAAAAUGGCAACCAACCAACAAAUUUACGAUUUUCUUUAUAAACAAUUAGCUAGAGAUACAAAACAAAGAAACAUUAAUUAUCUCGAAGCAGAAGAUAGUGAUGUCGAAGAAGUUUAUAUUACAAAAGCUCCUAGACCAAAACCUUACUCUACUAACAGAAAGAAAGUUAAAGAAGCCAGCAAAAACUCCGAGUCUCAAAAGGAGUUAAACUUGAGGAAUCGUACUAUAAUCAAUCCAAUCCAGAAUGAACAAGACAUUACCAUGGAUGAAAUCCCUCUAGAAAAGGAUGGUAGAAAAAAAAUUUGUAUCGAUUAUAGAAAACUAAACGCUAUUACAGAAAGAGAUGUCUAUCCCUUACCAACUAUAAAUGAGAUUUUAAACUCAUUUAAUAGAGCUUCUUGGUUUACUAGUUUAGACUUAGCUAGUGGAUACUGGCAAGUAGCCAUGAAAGAAGAAGAUAAAAAGAAAACUGCCUUUAUCACCAAAUUUGGAACAUAUGAGUUCAACAUCAUGCCUUUUGGGCUCACCAAUGCGCCUGCUACUUUUCAACGUCUUAUGGAUAAAAUUCUUUGUCCAUAUAUCAACAAAUUUGUAGUAGUAUAUUUAGAUGAUAUUACUAUAUACUCUAGAACAUUUGAAGAACAUUUUGAACAUGUACAAUUAGUUUUUCGAGUCUUAAGAGAAGCUAAUUUAAAAUUAAAUUUAGCAAAAUGUUAUUUCUUUCUAAAUAGCAUUAAAUUUUUAGAACAUAUUAUUGGAAAAGAUGGAAUUAAAACUGAUGAACGACUUAUCGAUAAAGUAAAAAAUUUCCCUACCUCUACCAAUCUUAGACAACUUCGAGGAUUUUUAGGAUUAGCCUCCUACUAUAGAAGAUUUAUCCAAGGAUUUUCAAAAAUCGCUAAACCCCUUAACCAACUUCUCAAGAAAGAUGAACUCUUUAACUGGACCACAGAGCAUAGGGAUGCUUUUAAUGCUCUUAAACAAUAUCUUAUUACCAGCCCCAUCUUACGAUACCCAGAUUUUGACCAACCUUUCUAUGUGCAUACAGAUGCUUCUGCCUCAGGUAGACGAGCUAGAUGGAUUAUGAGAUUAGAGCCUUACAAUUUCACUAUAAUCCAUAGGGCUGGAAGAAAACAUAAUAAUGCAGACUCAUUAUCUAGAAUGUAUGAAGCAAAUUUCAUGGACAUUGAUGAUGAUGAUCUACCUUCAGAAGAAGUAGCCCUACAAAUAGCUGUUAGUCGACAACUAGCCCGAAUUGAAUCCCCAUUGUACCCAGAUAGCCGAAUCCAAAGACUAGCCAAUAUGUUGAAGCCUUCAUUACCCUCUUUCGCAUACCAAAUAACUAAGCCUUAUACUCGUUUAGAAGUAUUAGCCAAUGGAUUUAAAUGUGAUGAUGGACCUCUUUUCAAUUGGAACUAUAUUUUUACUCUUGGUAGAAAAUUUAGAACUAUUAAAGGAAAGAAUAAAUAUCCUUUAAGUUGGACAGGACCUAAUACCCAGUGUUGGUGUAGAAACAAAGCAUCUCUAAGAGAAUUAGUUCGAUACUGUCCCGAACAAUUACCAGCCAGCAAAAACAGUGACAAUGAAGAAGAAGUUUUUAUGUUAACCACGAUAGAAGAAGAACCCGAAUCCUUUUCCCUCUCAACUAAGCAUUACGAAGAUAUGCUUAACACUUUGCAACCAACACUAAACUUAGAACUACCUGAGUCUACUGAAGAUAAUAUUACCCCAUUCAUAACAACUGAAGCUGCCAAUCAGUAUCUUUUUGAAGAUUUCAAUAACUUUGACUUUGAUGAAGUAUUUAAUGAUCCUAGUACUAUCAAUUGGGAAAGUUCAACAGCAGAAGGAUCAGUAAUAGAAGAAAUAUCCCUCUCAUCCUACCUCAUAACCCAACCUUGGUGGUUACCACCUUUGGAAACUCCUACACCAUUAAUGUAUAUCGAAAAUAAUAAUUUCUCUGAAUAUUAUCUUUGCAAUAUGGUUUGGUGGAGAGUAGUCAAUCCAACAACAUAUUAUUAUUAG